AUGGAGGAUGUGAUUGUUGAGUUCGUCGUUAAUGUUAGUGACAGGCUCAGCCAUGCAGUUGUUCCAAACAACCAUGCAGUUAUCAACACACUGGAAGUGAGCAGGGACUUCAUGGCUCCGACACUUCAGGUGACAAUUGGAGAAGUGGAAGUCGGGCAUCAAGGACAGGCAUUGCGCAGUGUCGCCGCAGUUCUGGUUUUGCUUGUUUGCGGAUGUGAUGCCAAUCAAGGCGAGGAGGAUGCUGAUUAA